GCUGCUAGGUGAGGGGGAAUUGCAGGGCUGCAGUUGCCAAGUGGCUGGUAGUAUCCGUCCGCUGUUUGCACACUGUUUCCCCAUAGGGGAUCCAUUACAAGUGCUCAAAUGAACGGGCAGCCCAAGGACUAGCAGCUUCCUGGGAGGGAGCUGCAGUUACAUAAGCAUCUAUUUUUCAUAUUAUAAUAAUUAAAAAAACAAAAACAAGUAGCUGCGGUAUGCCUGGCUCAGCCACAGCUAUCAGGCAGGAGAGACUGAAGAAGACCCAGGCACGGCCAGUUCCCCUUGGUUUAUUCACCAUUAACGAGGAAGAUGAGCAGCAGAAGAGCGGACAUUCCAGAAGACCAAAAGCUCCUGACAGCUACACAGUGCAUGAAAAGAAACCUGCUGCUUCGAACCAGCCCUCCUCUGCGACUUCAGGACAAAAUAGCACUCACUCAGGCAAUAAACCAGACCCUCCACCUGUGCUAAGGGUUGAUGACCGCCAGCGACUAGCCAGGGAGCGACGUGAAGAGCGAGAUAAGCAGCUAGCUGCAAGAGAAAUUGUCUGGCUGGAAAGAGAGGAGCGCGCCAGGCAACAUUAUGCAAAGCACCUGGAAGAACGGAGGAAAAAGCUAGAAGAGCAGAGGCAGAAGGAGGAGCGGAGGAGGGCUGCUGUGGAGGAGAAGAGAAGGCAGAGACUCGAGGAGGACAAAGAACGCCAUGAAGCAGUUGUUCGGCGUACGAUGGAAAGGAGCCAGAAGCCAAAACAGAAACAGAACCGUUGGUCCUGGGGAGGAACUCUCCAUGGGAGUCCCAGCAUGCACAGUGCAGAUCCAGACAGGCGAUCAGUUUCCACCAUGAAUCUCUCGAAACAUGUCGAUCCCGUCAUUAGCAAGCGGCUCUCAUCAUCUGCAACUUUACUAAAUUCUCCUGAUAGAGCUCGCCGCCUGCAGCUCAGUCCAUGGGAGAGCAGCGUUGUAAACAGACUGCUGACGCCCACACAUUCGUUCCUGGCCAGAAGUAAAAGCACAGCUGCCUUGUCUGGAGAUUCAGCAUCUUGCAGCCCCAUCAACACCAUGUCCUACAAAGCUGCAUACUCUAGAAAUUCGAUGGACCGACCAAAACUCUUUGUAACACCACCUGAGGGCUCUGCGCGAAGAAGGACUAUUCAUGGCACAGCGGGCUAUAAAAGAGAGCGGGGGAGAGAGAAUGUGCCCUUCCACCUCACGACUGGCUUCCGAAGGGCUCUCUCACCAUCUAAUCCCAAAUCCAGAUCACCAGCCUCCUCUCGACUUUGGAUUCCAUCCAAAUCCUUUCCUCAUUUGCCUGGCACACCCAGACCAGCAUCUGCCCUCCCUCCAGGCAAGGUGAGCCCUGCCCAGAUCCGGCCUGCUUCCCCUGGCAAUGUCCGCCCUGUCAAGAGAGACCCUGAGAGAAAAGACCCUGAGAGGGAACCUCUACGAGUUGCCAAUGAGCCAUCACUAAAGGUCAGGACACCUUUAGUGAAAGUAGAGGAAGUUCCUCUUGAAGAAGCAAGGCCUGUGGAGUCGGAGGUAGGUCCAGCUGCUCCAGCCAUGGCCCCAGGCCCCAGCCCAGCUCCAGUCCCAGCCCCUGUGCCAGCCUCUGCCUCGGGCUCCGCCUCAGGACUAGGCUCAUCAUCCACUGUGACCACUUCUUCCAAAGACCUCCGCAGCACCACUGACCCAGAAGAGGCCACAAGGCCUGCUGAGAAGAGACGGCUUGCCCGCGAACAGAGAGAGAAGGAGGAAAAGGAAAAGAGAGAGAUGGAAGAACUGGAAAGGGAAUAACAAAAGAGAGAAGAAUUGGCUCAAAGGGUGGCUGAAGAGAGAUCACGGCGGGAGGAAGAAUCCAGAAGGCAGGAAUCUGAGCAGGCCCGUGAGAAGGAGGAGCAGCUGAGAAGGCUGGCCGAGGAGCGGGAGCGGGAGGAGCUGGAUCGAGUCCAGAGACAGAAAGAAGAAGAAGCUCGAGUUCGCGAAGAAGCGGAGAGGGCCCGACAGGAAAGGGAGAAGCAUUUCCAGAAGGAAGAGCAGGAGCGCCUGGAGAGAAAGAAGCGGCUUGAGGAAAUUAUGAAAAGAACCAGGAGAACAGAAACUCCAGAUAAGAAAACUGUUGAUCAUAGAAAUGGAGAUAUAGCCAAGGGAGCUCUCGCUGGAGACACAGCAGUGUCUGCACUUCCGAAUACAGCGAACUCUGCCGGCAGUGGAGAAUCAGUGACCCGUGAACCUGCGGUUACCUCACACCAAUCAGAAGAGACUGUGGAGAGUACUCCCAAUUUGGAAAAGCAACCAAAUGAAAAUGGAGUAUCUACUGAGAAUGAAAAUUUCGAAGAAAUUAUAAACUUACCCGUUGGAUCUAAGCCAUCCAGAUUAGAUGUCACCAACAGUGAGAACCCAGAAAUUCCUUUGAAUCCAAUUUUGGCUUUUGAUGAGGAAAAAACACUUGGACCCCUGCCUCAGGUAGAUGGUGUUCAAACACAACAGACCGCAGGUAAGAUUGCCUCCCACUCGCUUCAGUAAUCACCACCUGGAGGGAAUGAAUCCUCUGCACUGUGGCUGUGGCACAGGACUAGUUGAAUCACCUGGAGAAGAUUAUCAUGGACCAUAAAAAUGGAAUUUUGAGUUGGACUGACGCCUAGGGCCCCUCCUCUUCUCCCACUCAGUACAGAAAUUCAGUUUGCAGCCCCCACUGGAUCCCAUUUGUGUGUCCUCACGGAGCAACAUCAUGACCCAGCUGCAUUCACUGUCAGAACACACUUUCCAGGAAAGCAGUGCUUCUCAAAUAGUGGGGCGCGCCCCCCUGCUCCUUAAAAGGGAGCACAUUUGACCUCAGCAAACACUGUCAUCACAAGCUAAGCCCCGUGUUUAUGUCUAUGGAGCUGAGAGUUGCUGUGUCCUGCUUCAAACCCUGCUUCGAAAAGCUAUGCAUUGCAAAACGUGCUCAUUGUAGCCAUUAAUCCAGACAUCACCUCAUUAAAAAAUCAGCUCAAAUUAUUUUAUAUAUUAUUGUUUUUCAGGUUAAAAAUGUUUUCUUCUUCCUAGGGGGGCAUGAAAGAAAAUAAUUGAGAAGCAAUGCAGUAAAGCCACUACUUGUGCCUUCCCCUAACAUCAGAACUUUUACACCGAGUGGUGCCCACUGGAGAAAGGAUUGCUUGGGUUAUUUUUCCUUCAUCUUUGCUCUUGAGAUAUUUGAACACUGCUCUCGUGUUCUAUCAGUAUAGUUCUCUUGUUUGAGUAUAGCAACCUGCAUCAUAUCAUAUAGUAUAGUCCUUUUACAAUGUAAUAAGAGAUGAUGGAGAGUUAUGAUUUAGAUGAGUGGUUUUUGGCCUUUCCUGUCUGCAAACUGGUAAAAAUAGAAAUAUUUCAUUGACCUCUAAAAGAGAAAUAAAAA